AUCAUCCUCUUUGUGCUACGCAAGAAAAGGGGUAGAUUCAAACAAAUUGUUACUGGUGGAGUACAAAACCCUAGUUAUGGGGAUGUUGUUGCAGCUAAGUACAUGAGAAACACAGAUACUGCACAAGUCUACCCAAACUUCCAAGAGGACACACACUUGUAUGCCGCUCCAGACACUGAAGAGUCAUAUGAAAUACCCUUAUCAAAAUCAAUGGAAGCUGCUGAGUUGGGUUUCACAGUUCCUACAAUGGAUCAAAGAGAAGUCUAUCAGGAAAUUGACGACAUAUAUCUGUAUCCACACACCGAGCUACAACCAGUGGUACGAAACGGUGGUAUUAACAAUUCUGAUGGAGAGGAGCGGGAGUUUUUCACUGAGAGCGACAUAUACUGGGUGCCAGCCUCAAACACAGCCGAGCUCUAUGAGCAACUGUCGAAGUAUCGCUUCAGAGAAAUACGCCGAGAUCAGCUACAGAUAACAGAGCACCUUGGCUCAGGAGAAUUUGGCACGGUAAACAAAGGAGUGUGGGAAGGCUCGCCAGACAAGAGCAGAGAGGUGGCCAUCAAGUUGCUCCAAAAGGGAGCUUCAGAGGAAAGUCAAGUCAAGUUCCUACAAGAGGCUGCCUUAAUGGGACAGUUCUCUCACCCUAACAUCAUCUCUCUUCUUGGAGUGGUGACACUUGGAGAACCUGUUAUGAUUGUAAUGGAGCUAAUGGAAAAUGGAGAUCUCAAAGAGAACUUGAUCAGUAUGAGACCAAUGUGAGUGUGCAGUUAGUAGCUUCGUGCAAGCAAACUCAUCCAUGGCAGUAGUAAUAUAGCUAUAUGACAAUCUAAAUUUUUCAGUCCUGGAGAGCUGCCACCAAAUUCACUCUAUCAGCAGUUGCUGGAUUUCUGCCACCAGAUUGCUGCUGGUAUGACAUACCUUGCAGACAAAUCCUUUGUCCACAGAGACCUCGCUGCUAGGAAUGUCUUACUCUCUGGCAACACGUGCAAGAUUGCAGACUUUGGUAUGGCGCGAGAUCUGGAAGAGAGUACAUACUACACAUCCCAAGGGGGAAAAAUCCCUGUGAAAUGGACAGCUCCUGAGGCACUUCACUACAGGAAAUACUCAACAGCCAGUGAUGUGUGGAGUUUUGGAUGCCUUGUUUACGAGAUAUGGAGUCUUGGACACAAACCAUUUGAAAAUUACACCAACUCUCAGAGCCUUUGUACUAUACAUAGGUAGUAAACCUGGUGAUGACCGGUUGGCGUCUGCCUCCACCACCUGGCUGUCCUAAAGAGAUCUACAGACUUAUCAUACACUGCUGGCAUCCAGAGGCAUCUAAACGUCCCCAGUUUGCCUACCUCUUACAAACUCUCUCUCGGUCAGAGUACGAACUUCUGCACAUGCCAGCAAAGGAGGGAGACAGGGGUCGUGGCCAAGCCUCCGUUCUGGGAGCUCCUCUUGAUGUCUCCAAGAACACAUUUACUGACUUGCAGAACACCUACACUGACUUAUGAAUGUGUUGCUACUUUUUGUCUCUUAAGUAUUUAAUGGUAUUGAAUUGAGAAAAUUAUUAAAAUUGUGCACCUA